UGCAGCUCCACAGAACCAGCUGCGGUGGGCGGGGCUUAACCACAUCUGGAUGAAAAACAUCUGGGCUCCUGUCUGAGUGUUUCUACAUGAGAGUCUGUCUGUCUGUCCGACCGACCGACGGACCGAGCACCGACGGACUGACCGAGCUGCCUCGUGUGUCCCCCCGACUGAUGAUGGCCCGGUGCCGGACGUUUUGGACCGGGAUCUUGGUCCUGCUGACGGCCGGUGAUCCAGGUGUGGUCCUCUCCUUCAGUCACCUAAGCUUCAACCUGUGUAAGUGGUGUGAGGCGUCCAGUCCUCAGUGCAGAGACAGUGUGUGUUUCAGUAACUGCAGCCUGUCGUCAUUCUGCACUGUCACUGAUGAGAUCUGCAUUGCCAUAUGGAGGAAGACCAACGAUACCAUGACAGUGCAUACUAUGUGUCAUAACCCCACUCUGCCACUAGAGGGUAUCGACCCCAGGCUGCUGCUGAACUUCACCUCCAGAGAGUGUCACAUGACCCCACAGCCGGCAGACGACGGUGUCAUGAUGGUCUGUGGCUGCCACGGAGAACACGAGUGUAACGACAAAUUGAUGUUCGACAAGGGAGCCAACGGGUUCUCUAAACUGCAAAGUAAGGAUGUGAUCCCGGUGGUCAUGGUCAGUCUGGUUCCUCCUGUGCUCAUUGCCAUUGUUGCCACUGCCACCUUCUACCUCUACCGCACUCGCCACCCUAACAAGCCAGACCCUCCUGUACGCCCUGGCUGGCCCACCAAACACACGCCAGAGCUGUACCAGGCCUUCAACCUGCCCUGUGUGGAUGUAGGGGCUCGGAGGGAUGGUGGAGGAGGUGUGAUUGGUCCUGGUGAAGUGGAGGAGUCUAAUGCCAAACAUCCCAACAGUGACAUCAUCAGUACAACAAUCGACUGGCAAGGCCAGCAGACUGAACCCCUGCCUAUCAAGCUGGAGGUCCUGGUGGGAAAGGGGCGCUUCGCAGAGGUGUGGAGGGCAUGCCUGCUGCAGGGGGAGACAGGUGGAGUCAACACCUAUGAAACGGUGGCGGUGAAGGUGUUUCCUGCUUUGGAGUAUGCCUCCUGGAGGAAUGAGUGCUCCAUCUUCUCCGACCCCAACAUGGAGCAUGAAAAUGUGGUUAGGUUCCUCGCCGCUGAGGAGAGAGGCCUGCUUGGCUACACCCACAGGAAGUACUGGCUGGUUCUGGCCUAUUAUAGCCUCGGGAACCUGCAGGACUUCCUCACAGCAAACACGCUCAGCUGGGGGGAACUUGUUGCCAUGGCAGCCAGCAUUGCUAAGGGGUUAGCUCAUCUCCAUAGUGACACAGCGCUCAGUGGGGCUUCUAAGAUUCCAGUUGCCCAUCGGGACCUGAAGAGCAGUAACAUAGUGAUGAAGAGCAGGAUGGAGUGUGCUCUGUGUGACUUUGGUUUGGCAUUGAGACUAGACCUCUCCCUCACAGUUGACGAUUUCGCCAACAGUGGACAGGUGGGGACAGCUCGCUACAUGGCUCCUGAGGUUCUGGAGUCCAGGGUGAACCUGGAGGACCUGGAGGCCUUUAAACAGAUGGAUGUGUACUCUAUGGCUCUGGUCCUGUGGGAAAUGGCAUCCCGCUGCAUCAUCAUCGGCGAGGUGAAGAGUUAUGAGCCAGCGUUUGGCUCUAAGGUCUGUGAGCAACCCUGUGUGGACAGCAUGAGAGACCUGGUGCUGAGAGACAGAGGACGACCAGACAUCCCAACAGCAUGGACACGACAUCAGGGGAUGAGUGUGUUCUGCUCCACCAUAACUGAGUGCUGGGAUCACGACCCUGAGGCCAGACUGACAGCUCACUGUGUGGUGGAGCGCUUCACCGACCUGCAGGAGGAGGAACAGGAGGACCAGGAGGAGGAGCAACAACUGGAGGAGGAACCACAGCGAGAGGCUAGUGGAAAGGAAGACGAAAGGCGAGAAAAGGACUCAGAGACACCAGACAACGAUCUGUUUGUCUCCGCAGCUGCUUUCUCAUCCUCCUCUUCCUCCCUCCAGAGCCCACAGACAGACUCACAGACAGAUGAGGUAUCAGCAGUCAACUCCGAGCCAUGAACUCACUUUAGAACCAAUCAGAAGUAAGCAGGUGAUCAUGUGAUGAGACCUGUGGACAUCAUUCAUGUUCUGCUGGCAGAGACUGACUUUGUGGGAGCUGGUCUCCUUGUUGUUGAAUAUCUCUUGUUAUGAUCUUUAUUAUAACCUCCAUUAGUACACAAAGACACGUUCCCUGUGUUUGAAAUAAGAUUUUCAUCAUGUUGAAGAAAUAAUUCAGUCCUGUGGAGUA